AUGGAAGCCGGGCAUAUUGCGCUGGUCUCAUAUGGUGAAAGACCGGUGGUGUGGCACACGAGGAUCCUUUUGGCACAUGUCCAUGGGAGUUGCUGGAUCAUACUGACCCCUGAUCAUGAUCGAUAUGAAGAACAGCUUGAUGCAGCAAAUCCCGACUACGAGGAUUUUGAGUUCCUAGGGCCCAAUCAUGCCAUUCCAGCCAGGAUACCUCAGGCGUCAAUCUAUGGUUUUGCACCAAUGGAUCCUGGUGAGUUAGCCAGACAAAUGGCUCUUGGUCGAAUUGAGGCCGACUCUAUUCGAGCACAACGUGGACUUCCACCUCUUGCUGGAGGAAGGCAAGGAGUGGCUGCACCAGCACCUGUUCCUGCUGCACCAGUACCUGCCCCGCCUCCCUCUGGCGUAUUGGGGCCAGCGGCUGGGCCAGUUGCAGCAGCAGCUCCAGCAGUGGGAGUAGCAGAUCCCUACUGUUGGGUGACUCUGGAGUCUGGGGCCGGAAGAUUGAAGGGCGAUGUGGUGGUAGUUGAACCAAAUCCGCUUCCUGCGGGAACCCAGCAGUUGGGAGAUCGUGCCAUGCUGCAAGAUCCUGCACAGCCUGGGCAUGGUAUCUUCUUGAAAAGGGUUCUGCAGUCCCAGUCUUCCACAUACAAGCUUGAUGACUUCAGGGUGUUGCCAGUGCAGUUCGAUGCUCAAGGAGUGAGGCGGAGAGAUUUUCACAGUGCGGUGCCCAUCAUGAUCGAAGGGUCUCCAGCUGGAGGUGGUUUGCAGUUGGAAGGGCCUGCAACGGCUCUCAACAUUGCCAAGGGCCUAAGGGAUCAGAACCUGACUCCGACUACAUACCAUGAGUUCUGGAUUAGAACUGGAGAGAUACCAAAGGGUGACCGCAGUGUUUAUGAGCACGAAUGUCUUUCUCGGAUCUUUGAGGCGAUGGUCACAAUAGAUCAACUCAAUCCUAGUGGUUUGCAAUCGGCUGAAUUGGUGGUGCGUAGAAUGCAGGUGAUUCGUGAGGCCCAUAGGAUAAGUCCCACAUCUCCUGACUACAGCAGUGCCGACAUCUUUAUGGGAUGGCGAUACCGAAAGCAGACUCAGGGCGUCGAUUCAAGCCUAGCUGCCUACGUAGCUGUGGAACUCAAGAGCGAUGCAGCCAUUGCGAAAGAGAGCCGUAAAGCUCGUGAAGAACAGCAGCAAAGGCGCCGGAACCUGCCGAAAGGAGGCGGGGAUUCAGCUGUUCCAGAUCCAAACCGCUGGAGAGAGCUUUUUCCGUUGCCUGCUAUUGAAGAGCUUCUGCAUCAUGAAGUGGCGUACACGGGUGAGACGUGUGCGACUACGGUGCGCCCAUACGACCGUUCUUUGGUGUCCCUUCCGGAUUGUGGUUCAAAACUCGUGCCUCUUGAUCAGGUACUGGAUGCAGCCGGACGAGAAGUGGUGGGCGACCCCCAUGGUCGAAUGCUGGUGAGUGAGGCUGAAUGGGGUGAGAUUGUGGAGAAAGGUGAAACGGUGAUGCCUUACAUGGACGUGACUUUGCAGAAAUGUCCUGAACUAUAUCAUCAAUUCAUCUUAGAUCUUUACGAGAAGAACUUGAUCAGUUUUACAAGCAAGCCACAGGGACUGGUCACCCCCUUCUUUGUUGCCAAAAAGAAUGGACGUUUGAGAUUUAUUUUGGAUUGCCGAGCGGUGAACAGACGGUUUCAUCCUCCUCCUCCCUUAGCUAUGGCCGCAGGUAGCACAUGGAGCUCUUUGGAUUUACCACAAGGUGAGAUUCUGUACACGGCUCAAAGUGAUAUCCGUGACUAUUUUUAUUCCUUGGAACUUCCAACUAGUCUUCAACCACUUUUUUGCCUUCCGGCCAUUCCACAUCGGUUGCUGCAGGCUUGGGGUGUGGAUGAGCGGCAUUUUUCAGAACCAGAUGGACAAGGUUGGGUUUUUCCUCAUCUUGUUGCAGUCCCCAUGGGAUGGAACUGGGCUAUGUGGCUGUCACAACGUGCACACCAGCAAAUUGCUUUGGAGGCUUCUGGAUUGGGAGUCGACAGAGUUCUGGUGGAAGGCAAGCCAUGUCCUGAAUUGGCAUCAGGGAAACCAGUGAUCAUACCCUAUGCAGACAACUUGAACGUGACGGGCAUAAAUGCUGAACUGGUUCAACAAACAAAGGAUGUUGUUGUGAAGCGGUUGAGGGAGCUAGGUUUCAGAGUUCAUGAAGAGUUAGAUGCACAUCAUACUUGCCAAUCCUUGGGUUUUUUGAUUGAUGGUCUGAAUGGCACAGUCUCGCCCAUACCUGAAAGACUUGACAAGAUAUGCAAAGCGUUCAUGUGGCUGUCGAGACGGCCACAGGUCAGUGGACGAUCCAUUGAAAGGCUUCUGGGACAUGCGGUGCACAUUUGCCUUCUUCGUAGAGAGCUGUUGAGCAUUUUUCGGGGCCUUUAUGACUUUGCAUAUUCAUGUUAUGACAGGCGGGCGAAACUAUGGCCAGUAGCGGCCAAGGAGGCGAGGUGGGCAGCUAAUCUUCUCAAACUUUGUCAAGCUGACCUCAAAAAGACAUGGUCGCGACAGGUGACCUCAUCUGAUGCUUCUCUGAGUGGCAUAGCAGUUUGCAAGAGGGACAUGGAGCCAGCUGAGCAAUCCAUCAUUGGAGGCAUCAAGGAACAUUGGCGAUACAAGAGUAGAAUACCCGUGAAUCCGCGUGAAGCUGCCUUGUCCCCUCUUGAUCCUUUUUCCAACCCAGAGACCGUGAAACCAUCAGAGGUUCAAAAGCAAGAUCCAUUUGAGCUGAAUGAGGUUUUUCCGGAAGUCCCCAAAAAGCAUCUUCAGAAAGAUCUGUGGCAUGACGUUUUUGCAGUACACAUGACACACCCGGAGCAUAUCAGCUUAUUGGAAGGUAGAGGUGUAGUAGCGGCUCUCAGACACAAGUUUCGCAGUUCAUUCGAGUUCAAUCGCAAGCAUCUCCAUUUUUCAGACAAUCUUGCCGUGGCUCUAUUGGCUGCAAGGGGUCGUUCGAACAACUUCCAAAUGCUGCGGGUGAGUCGCAGAAUAGCUGCACUCCUCUUGGCAACUGGCAGCUGGCUGUCCGUCAGGUGGAUCCCCAGCGAGUACAACGUUGCUGAUCGAGCUUCAAGGCAGUGGGAACACCUGAGGGACAGCCAUGUUGCUAGCAGAGGUGCCGUUGAGAAGGGGAAGAAAGAGAUCCAUGCCAGAUGCUACAACAAGCUGGGGCUGACCAAAGAUCAGAAGAUCAGCAGUCGGCGGGCGAAGAUGCAGACCCGUGUGGAUCCUCCCCGGUUUUGGGGGCAGACCAUGUUAGAGAAGGUGGCCGUUUCUCAACCAGUUGCGCUAGACUAUCAGCGAAGAGUCAAGGAGCUGAAGCAGUAUGCCAAAAAACAGAGGCUCUCACUGAAAGGGGCUACCAACUUCGAUCAGGCUUGCUGCAAGUUUGUGAAUCACAUGUUCAAUCAAGGGUUCGACCUUCAAGACGGAAGCAAAACACUUGCAGCAAUCAUGGAUGCGUUCCCCGCCUUUUCCCCCAAGCACAUGUUGAGCCGAACACGAAGGGCACUUCAGGGCUGGGGAAAGCUGGAACCCCAACAGACAAGACCUCCAGUCCCAUGGCUGCUGAUUCAGGCGAUCUCCAUGGAACUGCUGAAGAAGAACAAGAAGGCUUCAGCAGCAGCAAUAUUGCUCAUGUUCACAGCCUACCUCAGACCAGGCGAAGCUCUAGACGUGCAGCGACGGGAUUUAGUGCCACCAUUGCCAGGCAGCAAGCACUACUCGCUGCACCUUCAUCCCGCAGAAAGAGCUCAGCAGUCCAAGGUGGGGCUGUCGGACGAGUCAAUCUUGCUGGACAGCCCAGUUCUUCCAUGGAUAGGCCGAUGGGCAGCAGACAGCAGCGUCAGGCGCUACGAGGCCCACGCCAGGCCCCAAGACUUUUCCGCCAGUGAUGAAUGGUCAGAGUCAGCUGCGCGUUGUGUCGAGAUUGCACAGGCAGCUUUGGCACGUGCGGCCUCCAAUCACUCCAUUCGCUCCUUGAGCUCCGUUGGUGCCAGGACACCUAAGACUCCAGUGACACCGCGGACACCGAAGACGCCGAACAACUCGUUCUUCGCUCCGACCGGAGCAGUGGCUGGAUAUGCAACUACUUUCGCUGCAGCAGCGCGCACGGAGGAGUCGCUGCCUUCGCUGGGGCCUUCGGAGCCCAACUCUCCAGAACGUCACGCACACGGGUCGCUUCGCUAUCAUUCCGACUUGCCCAUCCUCCUGGGACAGGCCGUUGGAAACUCAGAGUCAGCUCAAAUCUUCCGUUGUAUCAUCAUGUACGACAAUGUAAAUAAGACUUUUAAAAAACAUAAAUAA